CUUUUCUCAUGAAGCAGUAGAUUUUACCCUCUAUAUAUGUGAUCCAUUCAUAAGCUAUCCUGUACUUUUCAUGAUUCUACUGGAUUAUACUAUUAUUGAGUGAGAGCAAGUCCUUUCACAUUCAAGGACUACUUCAAAUUAAUGCUACCCAUUCUUUUUCUUUUUUUGAUUGUCCCCACCACAGGUAGCACAAUCUCUCGUUGAUGAAUGAAAGAAAAAGGUUCCAAUAAGAUUCUUAAAAUUUUCAAACCAAUCCAUCAAAUCCCAUAUUGUCAAUAUCUUUGUUACAUGCGUCAACUAAGCUAUAGCUUAGCUAGCAGAAAUGGUUCAGCUUCUUUUCCUGUCAAGUCAAAGCUUGAGGUCAUAUCAAAGCUGGUUUCAUACUUUCAUUAAUUUGGUGAUCCAAGAAACUCUAUACCAUUUGCAAAUAUUAUGCCAUAAAAAUAAAGUAGUGGGCUCUUGUUCUGCUUAUUAUGGAUGUAAUUUCAGUGAAGAAAUCAUUUCAGGAUGUCCCAUCAACCCCUGCUUUGGAUUGCUUUAAAAACGACCUUAAUUUGAGUUCAGAAUGCAGCAUAUGGAAACAAUGGAGAAAGGUCAAUUACAAGCUGAUCAGCCAAGGGACACUUACAAAAUAGCCUACAUUUUGCAUUUCUUCCUUGGGGCAGGCAAUUUGCUUCCCUGGAACACUCUCAUUACUGCUAUUGAUUACUUUGGCUAUCUUUAUCCCAACAGGAAUGUGGAAAAAGUUUUAGCGGUCGCGUAUAUGAGCGCUUCGGUACUUGUUUUGAUCAUGAUGCUUACCUGUGAUAAGCUGAUGAGCCAGAAAGUUAAUCUUAGGUUGAGAAUGAACCUAGGAUUCUCCAUGUUCGUUUUCAGUCUUAUGGUGACUCCAUCUAUGGACUGGACUAAUAAGCAUAAUAAUAGUAAUGUAUCAUACUGUUUGAUGAUUGCAUCAGUUGUAAUCUGUGGUUUGGCUGAUGGCUUGAUUGGAGGAACAUUGGUUGGAUCCGCAGGAAAGCUGCCUAAACAGUACAUGCAAGCGAUUUUCGCUGGAACUGCUUCUUCAGGUGUUUUGGUUUCUAUGCUGAGGAUUUUAACAAAGGCUUCGCUUCCACAAACGCCUGUUGGCCUUAGAGCAAGUGCUCAUCUAUACUUCAUAGUUAGCACAAUACUCUUGAUACUUUGCCUAGUAUGCAGCAACCUAUUAUACAGAAUGCCAGUUAUGCAGCAGUACUAUAAACUUCAUGAUCAAAAGGAUUUGUCAUUAUGCUCGAAUUCGCGGUUUUGGGAAGUUGCGAGAAAGAUCAAAUGGGCAGCUUUUGGAGUUGCGGUGAUUUACACCGUCACAUUGUCCAUAUUCCCUGGAUUUCUAGCAGAAGAUAUCAAGUCCGGAUUCUUCAAAGAUUGGUUUCCCAUUAUGCUAAUUUCCAUGUACAACAUUUCUGAUUUGAUAGGGAAAUCAUUGACCGCAUGGUUUGUGAUGGAAGGAAUAAGCAAAGUCACAUGGUGUUGUGUGGCAAGGAUUCUAUUCUAUCCAUUGUUUCGGGGCUGCUUACAUGGACCUAAGUGGCUUAGAACAGAUGCACCAGUGGCUGUUCUGACAGUAUUUCUUGGCCUGACAAAUGGAUAUUUGACAAGUUGCAUCAUGAUUCUUGCGCCCAAAUCAGUGCCAUCUUCAGAAUCAGAGACGGCUGCAAUUGUAAUGGUGGUGUUUUUGGGUAUUGGAUUAGUUGCUGGCUCAGUUCUUGGAUGGUUUUGGGCCAUUUAGAAUGUUCUGAUGUUAUGCUACUCCCUCCGUUUUGAACCAACUGAACUACUUAAUAUUCUUAUAGGACGGAAGAACUACUUCCAACUGGUAUGGAUUUAUUGCAAACAUGCAUGGUGAAUGAAUGUAAAAGGAUUCAUGUGUAUGGUUAAUUUGCAAUUUCAAUAUAUUGAAUCGAUAUCCAGAUCUCUUUCGGUAUUAUUUUUUUUUCUUUAAUAUAUAUAUCCGAAAUCAUUGGUCCGACUUUGUUUUUAUAUCAAUUUCUUUUUUAAAGUGAGGUAUCUUCUCAUUUCCUCCUAAUUUUGAAGACACCCAUCUUUUACAAUAUGCAAAAGAAUAGAAC